ACUACUACCAAACCACGUGUAGACGACACAGAAGCAAAGCAACUUGAAAUGGCUUCGUCCCACCUGGCAGCAGCCGCCUCCAUGGUCCUCUUCCUUGCCGUGUUCGCUGCCAGCACGAACGCGGCGACGUUCAACAUCAAGAACAACUGCCCCUACACGGUGUGGCCGGCGGCCACCCCGAUCGGCGGCGGUCGGCAGCUCAACACCGGCGAGACGUGGACCCUCGACGUCCCCGCGAACACGCCCUCCGGCAGGGUGUGGGGCCGCACGGGCUGCAACUUCAACGGCAACUCCGGGAGCUGCCAGACUGCCGACUGCGGCGGUGCGCUGACGUGCACGCUGUCCGGGCAGCCGCCGCUGACCCUGGCCGAGUCCACCAUCGGCAACGGCCAGGACUUUUACGACAUCUCUGUCAUCGACGGCUUCAACGUGCCGUUGUCAUUCUCCUGCAGCAACGGGCCCAACCUGGUGUGCCAGGCCGACAAGUGCCCCGACGCCUACCUCUUCCCGACCGAUGACACCAAGAACCACGCCUGUAACGGCAACAACAACAGCUACCAGGUUACCUUCUGCCCAUGAGGAAGAAGGUAUCAUCGUAGCUAGUAGCGGACGAUACCACCACCAGCAUAAAUACGCGUACAUACAAUGAGUGUGGAGAAUAAAGUUUGUUACAUAAGAUGAAUAAGACGAUGUCGUGAAAAUAAGGCUGUCCGUGCGUGCAGUGUACCCAUUUAUACUAUAUAUAGCUUAUAAUUUA